AAACUCUACGUUCUCAUCUCUCUCACUCUGUCUCGACGUCUCGACCGCCUCGACCAAGGAAGUUAUCUACAUUCUUCCGCCCUUUCAGUUUUCACCAAUACGAUCUCCCAGAAACUAGAAACUCCUAUAUUGUCUUAAGCGAGGAGGUGAAGGCCUCGCAGAAUGAGGACGAUAGUUUCGCGCUUGAUUCAAUCACAAUCGUUGCUCUCUAGAUCAAGUUCACCAAGUUUAUUAUUGAGAAAUGCGAGGCUGCUGUCUACGGACUCAAAUAAAGUUAAUGAAACAAUUAAAGUUGAGGAAGCAGAAACAGUAAAACCAGACCCACCUGGACCAGAAAAGGUUCUUGUUUUGGGUGGAAAUGGAUUUGUUGGCUCUCACAUUUGCAAAGAAGCUGUUCAGCAAGGCUUCUCUGUUUCAAGUUUCAGCAGAUCUGGACGAUCAUCCAUCCGGGAAUCUUGGGCUGAUAGUGUUGUCUGGCACCAAGGAAGUCUUCUUGUCCCUGAUUCAUUGAAGGAUGUCAUGAAUGAUGUCAGUUCUGUGAUAUCUUGUGUUGGAGGUUUUGGAUCAUAUUCUCAAAUGUACAAGAUUAAUGGGACUGCAAACAUUAAUGCUAUCAGAACUGCCGCAGAGCAAGAUGUCAAAAGAUUCGUGUAUAUAUCAGCUGCUGAUUUCGGUUUGGUAAAUUAUUUAUUGCAGGGCUAUUAUGACGGGAAGAGAGCUGCUGAAGCGGAACUAUUAUCAAAAUUUACUUAUGGAGGUGUGAUUCUUAGGCCAGGAUUCAUAUAUGGGACUCGCCAAAUUGGGGGCAUGAAGAUACCCUUAGGGGUUAUCGGCUCUCCACUUGAAAUGAUCCUCCAACAUGCGAAGCCACUCAAUAAGGUCCCAAUUGUUGGCCCUCUCCUCACUCCACCAGUAAGCGCAACAGCUGUAGCAAAAGUUGCUGUAAGAGCUGCAACAGAUCAGGUUUUCCCUCCGGGCAUUGUUGAUGUCCAUGGCAUCCUUCGCUUCAGCGAGCAGAAGUGAUCUUUUUCCAGAAUCUGGCAUAAUGAGAAUAAUGAAUCAUGUAAUUGAUUAUAUGAAUAUAAUAUGUGUAUUUUUUUUUUUCUUUGGUCAGAUUGAGUAAUCAAUAAUUACUCAU